CGGUCGGUGUGUUUUCUUUUCGGGACUGUCAUUUUGUUUGCGCCGGGAUUUCCCCCUCAGCUGUAGUUGUCAUCCGCAGCAGCAGGCAAGCGAGCGAGCGGUUUCACGUCUGGAUAUUGCAGAAUCAGGGGGCCGUCGACUUCAGUAAAAUGUGCUCGCCUGUGGGGUGAACAAACCUCCGAACUGGGGUGAGAAAGGAAGGAGUGCAGCAGUCAGGUCGAGAAAUUUGUUUCUUGGUGCCAAAAGAACUGUUUGCAGCUUAACAUCAGCACAACGAAGGAAUUGAUUAUGGACUUUCACUGCACCAAAGAGCCAUUUCUCCGCCUUUUCUGCUGACUGUGACACUGAGAACUCCAGGAUAUCCUUUGCAGUGCUUAUUAUAAACAUGGAAUUUGCUGAACUUAUAAAGACACCCCGGGUGGAUAAUGUGGUCCUGCAUCGUCCUUUCUUACCCCAAGUGGAGGGAACAUUGUGCCUCACAGGCCACCACCUCAUCCUUUCCUCCCGACAGGACAAUACAGAAGAGCUGUGGCUUCUACAUUCCAACAUUGACUCAAUUGAGAAAAGAUUUGUUGGCUCCAUGGGAACCAUUAUUAUAAAAUGUAAGGAUUUAAGGAUAAUCCAACUGGACAUUCCUGGGAUGGAAGAAUGCCUAAACAUUGCAAGCUCAAUUGAAGCUCUGUCUACACUGGAUUCUGCCCUUCUUAUGUAUCCUUUUUUCUAUCGGCCUAUGUUUGAAGUGGUUGAAGAUGGAUGGAAAUCAUUCCUGCCUGAGCAGGCAUUUAAGCAUAUUGAAUCUAUGACCAAUGAGUGGCGACUGAGCCAGGUGAACAAGGAUUUUAGUGUCUGUCCUUCAUACCCACCGGUCGUCAUUGUGCCCAAAUCCAUUGAUGAUGAUACGCUACGCAAAGUAGCCACAUUCAGACAUAUGGGCCGCUUUCCAGUCCUCAGUUACUACCACAAGAAGAAUGGCAUGGUUAUGAUGCGCAGCGGGCAGCCCCUCACUGGUACCAAUGGGCGGCGCUGCAAAGAGGAUGAGAAGCUGAUCAAUGCUACCCUGCGAGUUGGAAAACGUGGGUUCAUUAUCGACACCCGAACUCUCUCUAUCGCUCAACAGGCCAAAGCUAGGGGUGGAGGUUUUGAGCAGGAAGCUCAUUACCCUCAAUGGAGAAGAAUCCACAAGGCCAUUGACAGGUCCAGCAUCCUUCAGGAGAGCCUAAUUAAACUUGUGGAAGCCUGUAAUGACCAGUCUCAUAACAUGGAUCGGUGGCUGAGCAAACUGGAGGCUUCCAACUGGCUGACUCAUGUCAAAGAAAUUCUAACUACAGCCUGCCUUGCUGCUCAGUGUAUAGACAGGGAAGGUGCAUCAGUUCUCGUUCAUGGAACAGAAGGGACAGACUCCACACUACAGGUGACGUCACUUGCGCAGAUCAUUCUUGAUCCAACCUGCAGAACCAUGCGAGGUUUUGAGUCACUGGUGGAGAGAGAAUGGCUUCAGGCAGGUCAUCCAUUUCAUGUCCGAUGUGCUCAGUCAGCCUACUCCAACAGCAAGCCAAAGUUGGAAGCUCCAGUCUUCUUGCUCUUCCUGGACUGUGUCUGGCAGAUAUUGCGUCAAUUUCCAUGUUCGUUCCAGUUUAACGAACACUUCCUGAUCAUGCUCUUUGAACAUGCCUAUGCCUCCCAGUUUGGCACCUUUUUGGGCAACAACGCCUUUGACCGAGUGAAACUGAAGCUACCUGAGAAGACAGUGUCACUGUGGUCCUGGGUCAAUCGUCCACAGGAGCUGCACAAGUUUCUGAACCCUCUGUAUGAAAGUAACAGCCUAGUUAUUUGGCCAUCUGUUGCACCUCAGAGUCUUCUGCUUUGGGAAGGUGUUUUCCUACGCUGGAACCGUUCAUCCAGGUAUCUAGAUGAAGCGUAUGAGGAGAUGAUCCAUAUCAUUGAAUACAACAAGGAGCUGCAGGCAAAGGUGAACGCCCUCCGCCGACAGCUAGCUGAGCUAGAGACAGAAGACCCCCUGCUGGAGACUCCCUAGUGAGCAGCUGGACUGGCAAAAUUUGUCAACUUCAUGUUUUUUGUUUUUUUUUGUUUUGUUUUGAAUCCAACACUACAUUCAACCGAGCGUAACCUGCAAUGCGGGUUUCUUCAUUUGUUCCCUAGAAAUGAGCAACACUUUUAACAAACCCUGAUGUUUAGUCCUUGAUUAGUCAAAGCCACAUUUGAGUAUGCAGGAAAUGGUGACUGUGAAAUUCUGAAUAAUCACUAGUCUGGUGAAAAAAAUCAAAAAGAGCAGACACUUGGUUUCAUGACACUGUAGCACAUCAUCCUCCAGGACGUGAAUGGUCUUGAAGCCGCCUGUUUCAAGAAAAGGGUUUGGCAGAUUUUACUGCCAUUUCAUCUUUUGGAAGGUUUUGACAGCCUUUUGUUCCCACUCGGAAAAUGUUGCACACUACAUUCUCCGCAUUGUCUUGUGUUUCUAAUUCUGUAAGCCUGGAUUACUGUAUAAAUGACUGUUGCUUGUUGAUCUCUACCUGCCAUGUCACUCUCAAGUUUUGAUCCAUAACACUCUUCUGCUCAAAGGUAUUUCAUUUGCUUGAUAGAUGAAACACCAAAUAUAUAUUAGGGAAAAAAGAAGGCACUUUGACCUGCAUCAUCCAUGGAUUCUCUUUACAGGGCAUUAUGUUUGACACCUUGGCACCAGAGUGUGUUUGGUAGUCUAUAUAGAAUCAGGCUUUUUCAUCAGAUAUGAAGUAAACAUUACAAUUUAAUAAGAAACAACUGAUUAAACACUCUUGGAAAUUGAGGACUUGGUUUCAGUGGCAAAUGGAUGUCCCAACUCCUUGUUAAAUAAUGUGUAUAAUCAAAUGUAAGCCCACUGCCCUAAUGAUUAGAUUCCGAGUUCAGACUACAGUACACCUCAGCUCAUAAUGGCAUUCAGUAAAUUAAUACGCCUUAUGGCUAAUGGCUAAUUCAUGGUAUUAGUUCAGAAUGGCACAAAUGCGUUUUAGUGCACCUUAUUAAUAUAAUUAUAGAAAUGAUGUAAACUUGUUUGGAUUUCAAAAGGCGGGCCUGUCGCAUUCUGUCACGUGUGCCGCUAAUGAACGAUGCUCAGUCAGAACUGGUUUUUACUUGACGGUCAUUUCCUGGCCAAGGAUACUUUGGAAUUGUUUAAGGGGUAAGAACUCCUAUAGUGGGGUGGUUUGAAUGUGAAAGAUUUGUGGUGUCAUGUGGCAUUCAGACUUGUCCCUGUGACAGUAGAUGAACUUUGCACAAUUUUGUGGCACAUCAUCAUGACUGAGUCGCUUAGCAAAUCAUAUUUUCAGAUUCACUUACCAACUGCUCCCAUGACACUAUAAGAAGAGGGAUCAACGCUCAAAACCGUAGCUGAGUGCAAGAAUUUUGAAAUUUACCUGCGUAAAAACAUUCCCCAGCUGUGAUUCCAGCAUCAUCAUACUUUAUAAAUGAAAGAUUAACGGUAUACAGACAGAAGAAAUUUAAUCAGGAAAUGAAUGUCAUUUCGUUUUCAGGGCGUAAACUGAGAAAUAAAGGAUUGCAUGUUGAUUGGUUCAAUUUUGAAAUGAACCGUCUUUAUUCACAGAUAUUAAAAUUUACAAAUAAAGGCUGUGGGUCGGGAAUGUUUUAGUCUGGAAAUGAAGAGUCUUUGAGAGUAUUUCAAUUAGAAAACAAGGAUGUAAGGUCUGGAACAUUUAUAUUAAGUAAUAAAAGCAUUGAUCUGAAAUAUUUAAAUGAUAUUGUUGGUGAGUUUUGAAGUAUUUACACUGUGAGAUCACCAUUGUGGAUGUGGAAUAUUUAAAUUAAGGAAGUGUUUUGUCCUGGUAGGGUGUCCCUAUACUGAACAGAAGGCGGCCCCAGGGCUGGAGUGGUGGCUCUGAUGCUAAGGAUCUGCUGUGGUAUUUGGAAGGUUAUCAGUUCAAAUCCCGUUACUGCUAGAAGGGAUCCUGUUCCGUUGGGCCUUUGAGCAAGGUACUUAGCCUGAGAAUUGCUCCAGGGUCAUUUGUACAAUGUACCCUGUGAUCUGUCCUCCAAAGGUCAUGCAAAAAGACAGUGUCCCCUUGGGGAUUAAUAAAGUAUAUCAAAUCAAAAAUCAAAUGCCAUCUCUAGUUUGCUUGGUCUCUCUCAUGGUUGACUACUGUCGUAGUUCAGUGCGUCCCCCUUUCUUAUGCUUAUGUUGGCUUGUUCUCCUUUUUUCUCUUCAUCUUUUCCCACAUCUAUAUGCUGUCAAUGUGCUUGAUCAACCUUCUCCACACUGCAUCUCAUCCCCAGUCAAAUCCUUUUCUUUUACUUUAUCUGUCCACCUUCACUGUGGCCUCCUUUCUUUUUCUCUUCCCCUGGACUUCCAUUCCCAUCAUUCUUUUGCUCACACAUUCCUUGUCUUUCCUCAUCUCCCGUUCUUAUCAUUUCAGCCUGCUUUCCUGUACUUUCUUAGUUAUCUCUCCCACUUUUGUUGUACAUCCGAGUGUCUUAUUUCUUACUCUAUCCUUUCUUGUAACUCCACACAUCCAUCUCGACAUUCUCAUUUCUGCCACGUGCCACCUUCUUCGCCCACGCCCCUUUUACUCUCCAUGUCUGAGCUCCAUACAUCCAUUGCUGGUCUUACCACUGUCUUAAAAACCUUACAUUUAACCUUUGCCUUAGUUCUUUGAUCACACAAUACUCCUGACACCUUCUUCCAAUUGUUCCAUCCACAAUACACUCUGUGGAUUACCUUUGCAUCUGGACUACCACUGAUCAUAGAGAUUUAAACUUAUUCACUCUUUUCAAUGGCUCUCCCAAAAGGUUAACUUCUGAAUCAUGAUCAUUAAACCUCAGAUGUUCUGUCCUAUUCUUUCUAUUUAUCUUCAGUCCCCUGUCUUCCAAAGUCUGUCUCCAUUCUUCCAACCUCCUCUUUUUUGGUGCUGCACAACACAAUGUCAUCAGCAUAAAGCCUGCACCAGGAGGACUGGUCUUUUAUCCCAUGUCUCGGUACAUCCAUGGCCAGAUCAAAGAAGUCAGGACUUCAAGAAGACCCCUGCUGCAGACCUCCUCACACUGGGAUCUUUCCUGUUACCUCAACACUGCUUUUAACAUGAGCCGUCACUCCCUCAUGCAUGUCCUGGACAAUCCUCAAACACUUCUCUGGUCCUUCUCACUCUGUCCCACACCCCCAGAUAUCUUGAUGUGGCACCUUCUCCAAAUCAAUAAAACACCAUAUGUGGACCA